AUGUCCUUUCCACUCGCCAGGGGGGCCGGGCAGGUCUGCUCUGGAGCGGGCUGUGGCCAGCGGUCAGGUGGAGGAGCAGGCCUCGGGGCCGGGAAUGCGUGCAGCGGGUCGGGAGCCGGAGGCAGCUUUUCCUGUACUCUUGGGAGCGCCUCUUCCGGAGGAGGUUUCUACGGUGGCGGCGGUGGAGAGUUGGGGAGUGGGAUCUGGGCUGGGUUUCUUGGAAAUGAGCACGGCCUCCUCUACGGGAACGAAAAGGCGGCCUUGCAGAACCUCAACGACCGCCUGGCAUCCUACCUGGACCACGUGCGAGCUCUGGAGGACGCGAACACGGACCUCGAGCAGAAAAUCAGGGACUGGUACGAGAGCUACGGGCCUGGUUCUUUCCCGGGGCUGCAUCAGGACUAUAGUGCGUAUUCCUCCGUCAUUGAAGAUCUUAAAAGGCAGAUCAUUUCUGUGACCACCUGUAACGCCAGCGUUGUCCUUCAAAAUGAAAAUGCCAGACUGACCGCUGAUGACUUCAGGCUGAAGUAUGAAAACGAGCUUGCGCUGCACCAGAGCGUUGAGACAGACAUCAGUGGGCUGCACAGAGUGAUGGAUGAGCUGACCCUUUGUACAGCCAGCCUAGAGAUCCAAUGUGAGACCCUCAGCGAGGAAUUGACAUACCUGAAGAAAACUCACGAGGAGGAAAUGGAAGUCCUGCGGUGCUCAGCCGUGGGGAACGUGAAUGUGGAAAUGAACGCAGUCCCUGGAGUGGACCUAACGGUUCUGUUGAACAACAUGAGGGCUGAGUAUGAGGACCUGGCCGAGCAGAACCGCCAAGAGACCGAGGCCUGGUUUAACGAGAAGAGCGCUUCGCUGCAACAGCAAAUUUCUGAUGAGGCGGGAGCAGCCACAGUGGCCAGAAAUGAGCUGAUGGAACUGAAACGCAAUCUGCAAACCUGGGAAAUAGAACUUCAGUCCCUCAGGGCCACGAAACAUUCCUACGAAUGCUCCUUGGCCGAGACCGAAGGUUAUUACCGCCUUCAGCUCCAGCAAGUCCAGGACCAGGUCGGGGCGAUGGAGAAACAGCUCCAGCAGAUCCGAAUGGAAACGGCAGGCCAGAAGCUGGAGUAUGAACAGCUUCUAGAUAUCAAAAUAAUUUUAGAAAAAGAAAUUGAAACUUACUGCACAUUAAUAGAUGGAGAAGAAAGAAAAAACAAGUCUACUUGUGGCAAAUCAAAAGCGUGUGAGCCCGUAAAUUCUGAAAAUCAAGUCCAAGACUCUAAAGAAGAAACUGUUAUUGAAACAGCGGCCGAGGAACUAGAUCAACUCAGCAAUGUCCUUUUGUUGAGGGUCCGCUCAUUUGAAGAAAAAUCCUCUAAAAUAAGCAAUAUUACAAUGGAACAACGAGGGCCUUCAAAAACACCAUAA